AUGUCUGAGCCGAAAAAGAUAUUGAUGCUCACCAACUCGGAGCAUGGCCAGGCCAAUGUUUUUCUUGCGACUGCCCACGAGAUCCUCCAGAUCGACGACACCGCUCAGAUCUACAUUUGCUCAUUCCCGGCUCUGGAGCAAUCCGUGGACGAUAUUCGCACGCUGCACGGCGACCGAUCCGCCGAUGCGCGGCUCAACUUCGUCAAGCUAUCCGGGCCCUCGUGGAAGACGGCCCUCUUUGGCCGCACCGAGCACCAGUUCCAGGAGCUCAACGAUAUCCGCCCCACGAUUUGGAAUGUGGCCAAGGCGGCCAAGCUCACCCGAAUUGCCUGUCCGUGGACCUCGGAAGAGCUGUGCGGCCUGGUAAAGGAGAUUGAAAAGGUCAUGGGCGAUCUGGAGCCGGAUCUGACCGUGGUGGAUAACCUCUUUACCCCGGCCGUGACGAUUUGCUACAAGCUGAAGCCGAACUGGAUGGUCUUGUCUCCCAACACGUACAAGGAGUUUGCUCUGGCCAAGCAGCCGGAUCAGCAAUACUACUGGAAAUACCCGCCGCCGCGCUCGACGAUCCCGUUCCCGGUGCCGUGGUAUCAGAUGCCGUUGGUGUACUACAUGGUGCGCAAAAUGUAUCUGAACCACAACGACCCAUUCAUGCUGGGCCACGCCGAGCAGAUGAAAGCCGCCAUUGACACCGACUACGCGGACUGGGCGUACAUUUCCAUCAUCCCCCCCGACGGUCUCAAGGUGCUGCUGGCCACGCGCCCCGAGAUUGACUUUCCGUUUGACGUGAAGCCGGAGCACAUGGUCCCGUGCGGUCCCAUUGUCCGACCGUCGCUGCCGAUCCAGGACGCAGAUGCUGACCUCGCGAAAUGGCUGGCCGGGCGGCCGACUGUGCUCGUCAAUCUGGGCACGCAUGCGUCGUAUGAUGCCAAGCACGCGGGCGGCAUGGCGGGUGCGCUGGACCUGCUGCUCGAGGCGGCUAAAAAAUCGGAGAAGCCGCUGCAGGUGCUCUGGAAACUCAACAAGCGCGAUGACUUUGACAGCUCGGAGAAGACGCUCACCGAGUUUAGCACCAAAUGGGGGGAUGCUGUCAAGGUGGUCGGCUGGCUGGACGUGGAGCCGACGAGCAUCCUGGAGUCGGGCCAUGUCGUCUGUUCCGUCAACCACGGAGGCGCCAACUCGUUCUUUGAAGCAAUCAGUGCUGGGGUGCCGCAGGUCGUUCUGCCCGUCUGGGGCGACACGUACGACUUUGCCAAGAGGGCAGAAUGGCUGGGCGUCGGUAAAUUCGGCAGCCCGAAACACGCACCCAAGGUUGAUGCGCGCGAGCUGGGACGCGCGCUCAAGGAAGUCGUCCUCGGCGCGCGGGCAAGCAAGUUCAAGGCAAAGGCCGUGGAACUGGCAAUCCUGUGCAAGGACGGUGGCGGAGGAAGACAUGUCGCAGCUAAAACCAUCUUGGCUGCGAUUGAUGGCGAUGAAAAGAGCACAGUAGUCUUGUAG